AUAAUGAAACGAGGUCGUCGAUGCAAAUUGUUUGUUUGUGAAGAAAUCAUAAUCAACAUACUGAAUCGUUUGCCUUUAAAAUCGCUAGCAAAGUUUAAAUGCAUAUCGAAGAAUUGGCGAAAGUAUAUUGCUGAAAUUUACAGGCGUCGUUUCCAGUGGCCUGAACCCUAUCUACUCGGUUUCUUUUGCUUAGAGAAACGUUCCCAAAGUUGUUUCUUCUAUUCAUCAAAGGAAUCACCACUUGUAAUCGGUUCUAGUUUGGAUGAAUCAGUCAAUUUUAUUGGUGAGAAAGUGUAUAUUGUUGCUUCUUCCAAUGGUUUUCUACUAUGCAAUAAGCUUAGAAGUAGGCAGAGGGUUUAUUAUGUUUAUAAUCCUGCCACAAGGCAGCGUUUGGAUGUCCCUAAAACUCCAAUCUCUAUGGAUGAUCCAUACAUCGGAUUUACUUGUAAGGUAGAUGAGGAUCAUGGCAUUGUCUCGUUUACUAUAGUUCGUUAUGUAAUUAGCGAACAUUAUCAGUCUAGUAUAACAAUUGAAAGUUUCUCUUCAGAGAUUAAUGUGUGGACUGAUUAUAAGCUAAUUGUUGAUGUACCUCAUGCAUUGUAUCCUUCUUUGGAUGGGACUUCGUUAUCAUCUGCUGGUGUAGUUGAUGGAAUCUUCUUUUGGCUUAAUUAUACAUUGAUCACCAUUUAUGAUAGUGUAAACAAGUGUUUUUGGGCUUUGGAAUUACCUGAAAACUUGUUUUUCUAUUAUCCCCGUAGUUGUUGUCUUGGAUUAUCAGGCGGGGAGCUCUGUUUUGCAUCGAAUCGUUGGACAACAACCAUCACUUGUUGGCGACUCAACAAUUUUCCUAGUCGAGAUAAUGCUAAAUGGGUUAUAAAGUAUGUUAUAAAUGUUGCUACUGUAAUUAAAAAAUAUCCCAAGUAUUUUGGAGUUGGAGACGGUAUUGCUAAGGUUCAGAACAUGGUUUUUCAUCCUGCUCUUCCACACAUCUUGUAUUUGCAAAUAAAAGGCAAGGUUAUUUCUUAUGACGUGAAAACUCGUAAGACAGAACUUGUGUAUGAUUUUGGAGUAGCUUGGCGGAAGACAAAAUGCUACAAAUUGUUUUCCUAUGAGUGGCCUCAAUGGCCGCGUCUUCUGUAG